AGAUUUAUAAAAUGGUUCCUAGUUUGUAAUAAUUCAUAAAAAGUCAAACCGAAGCUGCUGGUCAUCAUGAUGAAAGAAUUGAGUCCGGACAUAUUAGCAGCAGUGGCACAACGGUUAGAAGAUCAGUCUAAGCGGACUUUUAUAGAUUUAGAGGAUUUAAUCAGGACAACAAAGUUUUCUAAACAAGAAAUAAGAACAAUGUACAGAGGAUUCAAGCAGGAGUGUCCGGGGGGUGCUGUGAACGAGGACACUUUUAGAGAAAUAUAUGAAAAGUUUUUUCCGUACGGCAAUGCUGCAUGUUAUGCUCACCAUGUUUUCAAAGCAUUUGAUGUCAACUCAACAGGAGCAAUCAGUUUUAGGGAUAUGCUGGUUUCCUUGUCUACUCUUCUGCAUGGGACACAAUACGAGAAAUUAAAAUGGACGUUUAGAGUCUAUGAUCUGAACGGGGAUGGAGUUAUAACAAAGACGGAGCUGGGUAAUGUUGUUGUUGGAAUAUAUGAACUAAUGGGAGUAAACCUUCUCCCUCCGACUGGUUCAGUUCUUAAUAUUGAUUAUAUUCCGCGUAGAAGAGAUUCAGUUUCAACAGAAGAUAAAUCGUGGAUUCCACCUUUAAACCUGACAAUAUCUGUCAGGGAGCUAAGGGAUAAUGUGGAGACAAUCUUUACCAGGCUAGAUACUAACAGAGACGGAGUUGUAACCCGUGAAGAAUUUGUACAAAGCUGUUUACAGGAUUCAACAAUCUCCAGCUCUCUACAAAACUUUCAGUUUAAACUAUAAAAACGGAUUUGUGAAGAAUAUAAAAGAAAAUUGCGGAUUUGUAAAAGUGCCGGAAUUUUGACUUCAUUAACUGGAAAAAGGUUUCCACGUGUUUUUAUUCUUGAUGUGUGUUUUAUUCAUUCUUAUUAAGGUUAUACUCAAGUAUCUGAGGCAACCAUACAAUACAUGUAUUUUAUGUAUCAUGAAAAUAAACAGUGGUCCCCAAAAUAAAAGAAAAAAGAAAGACGACUUUGAGAUGGAAUGUUUUGUCCUCUCGUCACGAGUCACGUGUCACAUGGCGACCACUGUAUGUAUUUAAUUGCAUAUGUAAAUGUUGAUAUUCAUAUAUCUUAUAAUAAAGAUUUAGACCGAAAUAAAAAUUUUGUAGACAUUUA